UCAACUCUGCUUUCUGCCCUCAGAUUGGAUUGGAACCAAACCGAGUACACAACGACACACUUCCUGUUGUCUACCCGUCGGCAGUCAUGAAACCGUCUCAGACAGUCAGCAGCACAACAAAGACGACACAAUGAAAUACAACACAGUUGUGUCCUCUUUGACGGGUCUUUGGAUGCUGAUUGAGAUUGUUUGGUGCAAAGAUUCAAAAACAGACAUUACAGUGGAACCAGGCACUGGACAAAUAACGAUUGUUUGUACUGGAAACAACACAAUUGUAUCGACAAAUGGUGACUAUGUGAAAUUUCCUUUGAAAUUCAAAGAUGAGAAUUCUGGAGAGUACAAAUGUGUGCCAAAAAACCUGACGCCGGAGAAAGCACGCCAUGCGACCGGGACAACUAUCUUUGUCAAGUUUAGAUCCUGUGACAACUGCGUGGAGCUUGACGUGCUUUCCAUAGCAGGUCUAGUUGCUGGAGAAGUGAUGGCCACCACCGUGCUUGGAGUGGCGGUUUAUCUUGUAGCAUCUCAGGCUCACGCUGGUUUUACUUCGCCUCAACACAAAAGCUCUGAUAGAAAACACCUCAUUUCCAAAGAACCAAACAGGAGAGUCCCAAAUGAUGACUACCAGGAGCUUCUGAGACACAAAGGUGGUCGUAAAGAAAUAUACGAUACGCUCUCGGAUAAACGAUAGUGAUAUAGAUUCAUGAUUCUUUGAAGUCGGCAUAUACUGAUGGGCAGCAAUGAAAAUAAAAUGUAAUAUACGGUCCAACAGAUUUUACCUAAUAAGAUGGAGAAUAAAACAUUCUUGUUCUAAGCUGUUUUUCCCCCCAUUGUAUUAUUAUGAACAAUAAAUGUGUGAC